AUGCGGAUGUUUUAUUUGAAAAGUGAAAUCCAUGGCAACAGAGAAGAGAAUGAGGGAAUGGAAGGAGAGGGGAUAAACUGGAUCCCACUUCUGGGUUUUCUCAUUGGCUAUUUGGUAGCUGCUUCAGGUCUUAAGCAGUGUGGCAGGCGGUGUUCCAGCAAGGCCAACCGUAAAAGAAAGAAGAGAAACUCCAACAGCUGUCAGGAGAGGCCAGAGCAGAGGGCCAAGAGCUCAGGCCUGUUUCCUGCCAUUCUCAAUCUUGCCAGCAAUGCUCACAUCAUCACCAAUGCCACCUGUGGUGAGAAGGGGCCUGAGAUGUUCUGCAAACUCGUGGAGCACGUGCCCGGUCGACCUGUGCGGAACCCCCAGUGCCGGAUCUGCGAUGGCAACAGUGCCAACCCCAAAGAACGCCAUCCAAUAUCAAAUGCGAUAGAUGGCACCAAUAACUGGUGGCAAAGUCCCAGUAUUCAAAAUGGGAGAGAAUAUCACUGGGUCACAAUCACUUUGGACUUAAGACAGGUCUUUCAGGUCGCCUACGUCAUCAUCAAAGCUGCUAAUGCCCCUCGACCCGGAAACUGGAUUUUGGAGCGAUCCCUGGAUGGCACCAAGUUCAGUCCCUGGCAGUAUUAUGCAGUUAGUGACACGGAGUGUUUGACUCGUUACAAUAUAACCCCAAGACGGGGGCCGCCCACAUACAGGGCGGAUGACGAAGUGAUCUGCACCUCGUAUUAUUCUAGGCUGGUGCCACUGGAGCAUGGAGAGAUUCAUACGUCACUAAUCAACGGGAGACCCAGCGCUGAUGAUCUUUCCCCCAAGUUGUUGGAAUUUACUUCUGCACGAUACAUCCGUCUGCGCUUACAACGCAUUCGAACCCUCAAUGCAGAUCUGAUGACCCUCAGCCAUCGCGAUCUGAAGGACCUCGAUCCUAUCGUGACAAGACGAUAUUACUAUUCAAUAAAAGACAUUUCUGUUGGAGGAAUGUGUAUUUGUUAUGGCCAUGCCAGUAGCUGCCCAUGGGAUGAAACUACAAAGAAACUACGGUGUCAAUGUGAGCAUAACACCUGUGGGGAGAGCUGCAGCAGGUGUUGUCCUGGGUACCACCAGCAGCCCUGGAGGCCUGGGACCAUUUCUUCGGGUAACAUGUGUGAAGAAUGUAAUUGCCACAAUAAAGCGAAAGACUGCUACUAUGAUGAAAGUGUUGCAAAUCAGAAGAAAAGUUUGAAUAUUGCUGGACAGUACAAAGGAGGAGGGGUUUGCAUAAAUUGCCUGCAGAAUACCAUGGGAAUCAAUUGUGAAACCUGUAUCGAUGGAUAUUAUAGACCACACAAGGUGUCUCCGUACGAGGACAACCCUUGCCAUCCCUGUGACUGUGACCCUUUGGGGUCCCUCAGUUCUGUCUGUAUUAAGGAUGAUCUCCAUUCCGACUUACACAGAGGGACAUGGCCAGGUCAAUGUCCAUGCAAGGAAGGUUACGCAGGAGCAAAAUGUGAUCGCUGCCAAUUUGGCUACAAGGGUUACCCAGCCUGUGUCCGCUGUGACUGCAGUCCGGCUGGCAGCGUGAACGAGGACCCGUGCUCAGAGCCUUGUCUCUGCAAGGAAAAUGUUGAAGGGAAAAAUUGUGAUCGCUGCAGGCCAGGAUUUUAUAACUUGAAGGAAAGAAACCCCCAGGGCUGCUCUGCGUGUUUCUGCUUUGGCGUUUCCGACGUCUGUGAUAGUCUUUCCUGGCCCAUCACUCAGGUGAAAGAUAUGUCCGGUUGGCUGAUCACCGACUUGAUCAGUCCACGUCAGAUCCCAUCUCAGCAGGACGCUCUGGGCGGGCGUCAUCAGAUCAGCAUCAACAACACAGUGGUCAUGCAGCGGCUGACUUCCAAGUAUUACUGGGCAGCCCCGCAGGCCUACCUCGGAAAUAAGCUGACUGCAUUCGGUGGAUUCCUGAAGUACACGGUGUCUUAUGAUGUUCCAGUGGAGACAGUGGACAGCGCCCUCAUGUCUCAUGCUGAUGUCAUCAUUAAGGGAAAUGGACUCACUUUACGCACCCAGGCUGAGGGCCUGUCAUUGCAGCCCCACGAAGAGUACUUCAACGUGGUUAGACUUGUGCCUGAGAACUUCCGAGACUUUAAUAACAAAAGGGAGAUAGAUCGAGAUCAGCUGAUGACUGUCCUGGCCAAUGUGACCCAUCUCUUGAUCAGAGCCAACUACAAUUCUGCAAAAAUGGCUCUUUACAGGUUGGAUUCUGUCUCUCUGGAUACAGCUAGCCCUAACGUUAUAGACCUGGCGCUGGCCACCGAGGUGGAGCACUGUGAAUGUCCCCCAGGCUAUGCAGGGAUCUCCUGCGAGUCCUGCCUCUCUGGCUAUUACCGCGUGGAUGGAAUACUCUUUGGAGGAAUUUGUCAGCCCUGUGAAUGCCACGGCCAUGCAGCUGAGUGUGAUAUUCAAGGCGUUUGCUUUGAUUGCGAGCACAGCACCACCGGGGACCACUGUGAGCAGUGCCUGCCUGGCUUCUACGGGCGGCCUGCCCGAGGGACUCCUGGGGACUGCCAGCCUUGUGCCUGCCCCCUCGCCUCAGCCUCCAACAAUUUCAGCCCCACGUGCCACCUGGACGAUGGAGAUGAAGUGGUGUGUGACCAGUGUGCCCGGGGAUACUCAGGGACUUGGUGCGAGAGAUGUGCAGACGGUUACUACGGAAACCCAACAGUGCCCGGGGAAUCCUGUGUUCCCUGCAACUGCAGCGGGAAUGUCGACCCCUUGGAGGCCGGGCACUGUGACUCUGUCACUGGAGAAUGUCUGCGGUGCAUUGGGAACACGGAUGGCGCCCACUGUGAGAGGUGUGCUGACGGGUUCUACGGAGACGCUGUGACUGCUAAAAAUUGCCGAGCCUGUGAAUGCCAUGCGAAGGGCUCCCUCUCUGACGUCUGCCAUCCUGAGACUGGGCUGUGCAGCUGCCGAGCACGUGUGACCGGACAGCAGUGUGACCAGUGCUUGCAUGGCUAUUACGGGUUGGACACGGGGCUCGGCUGCCUGCCCUGUAACUGCAGCCCGUCAGGCUCCCUGUCGGACGACUGCACAGAGGAAGGCCAGUGUCACUGUGUGCCGGGCGUAGCUGGGAAACGGUGCGACAGGUGUGCGCGUGGCUUCUACGCAUUCCAGGACGGUGGCUGUACACCCUGUGACUGCGCUCACACUCAGAAUACAUGUGACCCAGAAUCAGGGGAGUGUGUCUGCCCUCCUCACACUCGAGGCGUGAGAUGUGAAGAAUGUGAGGACGGAUACUGGGGCUAUGACCUGGAGCUCGGAUGCCAGGCCUGCAAUUGCAGUAGUGAAGGGUCAGCCAGUCAUCAAUGCGAGGUGCUCACUGGCCAUUGCCAGUGUAAGCCUGUCUUUGGUGGGCCGAGCUGCCAUCAGUGCGCCCUGGGCUUCCGAGACUUUCCAGACUGUGUGGCCUGUGACUGUGACCUGAGAGGGACCAUGGUGGACACCUGUGAUGAGGAACAGGGUCUGUGCAGCUGUGCACAGGGAACUGGUACCUGUUCUUGCAAGGAAAAUGUCCUUGGCCUUCAAUGCAAUGAGUGUCGGGCCGGUACCUUUGCUCUCCAUGCUGACAACCCUCGGGGCUGCACCCCGUGCUUCUGCUUUGGGCUGUCACAGCUCUGCUCGGAGCUGGAGGGUUAUGUGAGGACACUGAUAACGCUGGGCUCAGAUCAGCCUCUUCUGCGAGUGGUUUCUCAGAGUAACCUCCGGGGCACGACCCAGGGGGUGUAUUACCAGGCCCCUGACGUGCUCCUGGACGCUGUGACCGUCAGGCGGCACGUCCACGCAGAGCCGUUUUACUGGCGGCUGCCGGAGCAGUUCCAGGGAGACCAGCUCCUGGCCUAUGGGGGCAAACUGAAGUACAGCGUGGCCUUCUAUUCCUCCAAUGGCAUGGGCACCUUCAACCUUGAGCCUCAAGUGCUCAUCAGAGGAGGCCGGACCAGAAAGCAAGUCAUCUACAUGGAUGCACCCGCACCGGAGAACGGAGUGAGGCAAGAGCAAGAAGCUGAAAUGAAAGAGAAUUAUUGGAAAUACUUUAAUUCUGUUUCUGAAAAGCCUGUUACACGCUCAGAUUUUAUGUCUGUUCUUAGCAACAUUGAGUACAUUCUCAUCAAAGCAUCUUAUGGUCAAGGGCUACAGCAAAGCAGGAUUUCAAACAUUUCCCUGGAGGUCGGCAGAAAGGCUGAUGAGCUGCCCCCGGGGAGGGAGGCGGCCUCGCUGUUGGAGAAGUGUCUCUGCCCUCCUGGCACUGCUGGAUUCUCAUGUCAGUACUGUGCACCUGGUUACUACAGAGGGAAGCUUCUGGAAGGUGGUGACAGGGGACCUCGCCUUCUGCUUGCACCUUGUGUGCCCUGCAGCUGUAACAACCACAGCGACACCUGUGACCCUGAAACGGGGAAGUGUCUGAACUGCGGCGAUAACACGUCUGGUGACCACUGUGAUGUGUGCGCUCCCGGGUACUAUGGGAAGGUGACGGGCUCAGCCACCGACUGCUCUCUGUGCACCUGUCCUCACAGCGGCCCUGCCAGUUUUAGUCCGACUUGUGUCUUGGAAGGUGACCACGAUUUCCGCUGUGACGCCUGUGUGCGGGGCUACGAAGGGCAAUAUUGUGAGAGGUGCUCCUCGGGCUAUCAUGGGAACCCUGGAAUGCCAGGCAGCACCUGCCAGAGGUGUGAUUGCAGCCCGCAUGGCUCUGUUCACCGGGACUGUGACCGCAGGACUGGGCAGUGCGUCUGCAGGCCGGGGGCCGCGGGGCUCCGAUGCGAGGACUGUGAACCCAGGCACAUUCUGGUGGAAAGCAAUUGUGUUUCUUGUGAUGAUGAAUGUGUAGGUGUGCUGCUGGAUGACUUAGACAAUAUUGGUGAUACCAGUCUUUCUGUGAACCUCACCAGCAUUAUUCCUGUCCCAUAUGGAAUUUUGUCAAACCUGGAAAAUACAACCAAAUAUCUCCGGGAGUCUUUAUUAAAAGGAAAUACACAACAGGGGCUGGUAAAACUUCAACUUGAAGGUGUUACAGAACAAACAGAUGACCUGCAAAGGGAGCUCAGUAGAGUGUUAGCAAGUAGCCAACAUGUGGCCAGGGCGACUGAAAGACUCCUCAACGAGAGUCAAGAUCUCAUGACAUUUACUGAGAAAUUGAAGAUAAGCAUUCAAGAAAUUAUUGAAAAGGCAACAACUCUAAAUCAGACCUUGGAUGAAGAUUUCCAGCUACCCAGUUCCACUCUUCAGAAUAUGCAAAAGAACAUGACGUUUUUUCUAGAAACCUUACAGAAAAGGCAUUUUAUGCAGUUGCACCAAAAUGCUACCCUUGAACUGAAGGCUGCUGAAGAUUUAUUGUCACAAAUUCAGAAAAAUUACCAGAAGCCACAGGAAGAGUUGAAGGUAAUAAAAGAAGCAGCAAGCAGCCUCCUUUCAAAACACAACAGUGAACUGCAGGCAGCAGAAGACCUGGUGAGGGAAGCGGAGGCAAAGACGCAGGAAAGCAGCCGCCUCCUGCUCAUUAUCAAGGCCAGCCUGCGAGAAUUCAAUGAUAAAAAGCUGCGUGUUCGAGAAGAACAAAACUUGACCUCAGUGCUAAUCGCCAAAGGAAGAAGAUUGCUGGAUGCUGCCACAGCACGUGCAAAGGCUGCACAAAGUGCGCUAGCACAAUUAGAGCAUCACCGGGAUGAGCUGCUUUGGUGGACUGCCAAAAUCAGGCACCACGUGGAUGACCUGGUCAUGCAGAUGUCCAAACGAAGAGCGCUUGACCUUGUCUACAGAGCUGAGGGUCAUGCAGCUGAGCUCCAGGAACUAGCAGGGGCUCUGGACAGUGGCCUUGGAAAUGUUAGAUUUGUGUCCCUGAAUGCAACCAGCGCAACCCACAUCCAUUCCAAUAUUCGGAGCCUGAUUGAAGAAUCAGAAAAACUGGCAAAAGAUGCUCUCAGGACUGUGAUGGAGGCAAGCCUGUUCCCAGAAGCCAUGGAGUCUAAUGGGAAAGCAGCUCUCCAGCGCAGCUCCAAAUUCCUAAAAGAAAGCAGGAGCCUGAGCAGAAAGCAUCAAGGUAUGACAUUGGAACUGAGAGAAGUGAAAAAUACGGCAAAGACAUUUCAAGAAAAUGCUGAUAAGAUUACUAGGCAGACCAAUGAAUCACUCUUAAUACUUAGAGCAAUUCCGGAAGGUGUCAGAGACAAAGGAACCAAAAUCAAAGAGCUGGCCAUAUCUGCCAAUCAGAGUGCUGCGAGCACGCUGAAGAAUGUGGUGGGACUGAGUCAGAAGCUGCUGAACACAUCGAUAGACCUGUCCAAGGUCAAUGCCACCUUACAAGAAGCAAACAAACUUCUACGGGACUCCUCAAUGACCAGUCUGUUAGCUGGGAAAAAAGUUAAAGAUGUGGAAACACAAGCCAACCUUUUAUUUGAUCGGUUGAAGCCUUUGAAGAGAUUAGAAGAGAACCUGAGCAGAAACCUGUCAGAAAUUAAGCUGCUGAUCAGCCAGGCCCGGAAACAAGCAGCUUCGAUUAAAGUUGCUGUAUCUGCAGACAGAGAUUGUAUCCGGGCCUACCAGCCUCCGAUCUCUUCAACCAACUAUAACACCUUAACACUAAAUGUUAAGACGAGCGAACCCGAUAACCUUCUCUUCUACCUCGGUAGCAGCACCAGCCCUGAUUUCCUGGCAGUGGAGAUGCGGCGAGGGAAAGUGGCCUUCCUCUGGGAUAUGGGCUCCGGGGCAGCACGGUUGGAAUUUCCAGACUUCCCAAUUGAUGACAACAAAUGGCACAGUAUCUACGUAACCAGGUUUGGAAACAUUGGUUCAUUGACUGUAAAGGAAAUGAGCGCAACUCAAAAGCCACCACCAAAAACAAGCAAAUCCCUAGGAGCAGCUAACGUUCUGGAUAUAAACAACUCAACACUGAUGUUUGUUGGCGGGCUCGGAGGACAAGUCAAGAAGUCUCCCGCUGUGAAGGUUACUCAUUUCAAAGGCUGCAUGGGAGAAGCCUUCUUGAAUGGACAGUCCAUCGGCCUAUGGAACUAUGUUGAAAGGGAGGGCAAGUGCCAUGGCUGCUUUGGAAGCCCCGAGAAUGAAGACUCGUCCUUCCAUUUUGAUGGAAGUGGGUAUUCUGUCGUGGAGAAGACGCUGCGGGCUACUGUGACACACAUUAUUAUGCUUUUUAGUACCUUCUCAACGAACGGGCUUCUUCUCUACCUCGCUUCAAAUGGCACCAAAGACUUUUUAUCCAUCGAGCUGGUCCAUGGCAGAGUGAAAGUUACAGUUGACCUGGGCUCAGGGCCUCUUGCCCUCAUAACAGACCGACGCUAUAACAAUGGGAGCUGGUACAAAAUCGCCUUCCAGCGGAACCGAAAGCAAGGACUCCUAGCAGUUGUUGAUGCGUAUAACACCAGUUAUAAGGAAACCAAGCAAGGGGAAGCCCCAGGAGCAUCUUCUGACCUCAAUCGUCUUGAUAAGGAUCCAAUUUAUGUGGGUGGAUUACCUCGGUCAAGAGUUGUAAGGAGAGGCGUCGCCAGCAAAAGCUACGUGGGCUGUAUCAAAAACCUGGAAAUAUCCAGAUCGACCUUUGACUUACUCAGAAAUUCCUAUGGAGUGAGAAAAGGCUGUAUCCUUGAGCCUAUCCGGAGUGUUAGCUUCUUGAAAGGCGGCUACAUUGAGUUGCCACCCAAGCCUCUGUCACCAGAAUCGGAAUUGUUGGCAACAUUUGCCACCACAAGCAGCAGUGGCAUCAUCCUGGCUGCCCUGGGCAAGCGUGGGGAGAAUCGGCAGGUCCCUGGGCCCUUCUUCUCCAUCAUGCUGAUUGAAGGCCACAUUGAGGUGCAUGUUAAUCCUGGGGAUGGGACCAGCCUGAGAAGAGCUCUCCUGCACGCUCCCACGGGCACGUACAGCGACGGACAAGAGCACUCUGUCUCCUUGAUCCGGAGCGGGAGAAUUAUCACUGUCCAACUGGAUGAGACAAAACCUGUAGAAAUGAACUUGGGCCCAUCAGCGGAAAGCAUGACAAUAAAUGUGUCCAACCUGUACAUAGGGGGUGUUCCAGAGGGUGAGGGGGCAGCGAUGCUCCAGAUGAGAAGGUCAUUCCAUGGCUGUAUCAGAAACCUCAUCUUUAACAUGGAACCUUUGGAUUUCACUGGUGUGGUCGGCUAUGAACAAGUGGACUUGGACAGCUGCUUGCUUUCAGAAAAGCCUAGGCUGGCUCUUCAGGAAGAGGACAGCGUGCUCCUGCCAGAGCCUCAUCCUCUACCACGUCCAUGCGCCAUGGACGGAACCCCAGAGUAUGUCCCCAAUGCUCACCAGUUUGGACUCGCACAAAGCAGCCAUUUCGUGCUGCCUUUCAAUCAAUAGGCUGUCAGAAAGAGGCUCUCAGUUCAGCUAAGUAUCCGAACAUUUGCCUCCAGUGGGCUGAUUUACUACAUGGCCCACCAGAACCAAGUGGAUUACGCCACACUCCAGCUGCACGGGGGCCACCUCCACUUCAUGUUUGACCUUGGGAAAGGAAGGACAAAGGUCUCUCACCCUGCGCUGAUCAGUGAUGGCAAGUGGCACACGGUCAAGACAGAGUACUUUAAAAGAAAGGGCUUCAUGACGGUUGAUGGCCAGGAAUCCCCCAUGGUGAGCACGGUGGGAGAUGGCACCACCUUGGAUGUGGAAGGAAAGUUGUACCUGGGAGGCCUUCCCUCCGAUUACAGGCCCAGGAACAUUGGAAAUGUCACCCACAGCAUCCCCGCGUGCAUUGGGGAGGUGACAGUGAACAGCAAGCAGCUGGACAAGGGCAGCCCAGUGUCUGCAUUCGCAGUAGCCCAGUGCUAUGCAGAGGCCCAAGAAGGAACUUUCUUUGAAGGAAGUGGAUAUGCAGCUCUUGUCAAAGAAGGGUACAAAGUUCGUUCAGAUGUGAACAUCACACUUGAGUUUCGUACCUCCUCAGAGAAUGGUGUUCUCCUGGGGAUCAGCAGUGCCAAAGUGGAUGCCAUUGGAUUAGAGAUUGUGAAUGGCAAGCUCUUAUUUCAUGUGAACAAUGGUGCUGGUAGGAUAACAGCCGCAUACGAGCCCAAAGCUCCCCACACUCUCUGUGAUGGAAAAUGGCACACACUGCAAGCGAACAAAAGCAAGCACCGCGUGGUGCUGGUCGUGGAUGGGAACGCCGUUCAUGCUGAAAGUCCACACAUCCAGUCCACCUCAGUGGACACCAACAAUCCCAUUUAUGUUGGUGGCUAUCCUGCUGAUGUAAAGCAAAACUGCCUGAGUAGCAAGACCUCCUUCCGGGGCUGUUUGAGAAAGCUCACUCUCAUUAAGGGCCCGCAAGUGCAAUCCUAUGACUUCAGCAGAGCUUUUGAAAUACAAGGAGUUUUCCCUCAUUCCUGUCCUGGGUCUGAGCCUUGA